ACAGAAGUAGAUUACCAAUCGCACUCGACUCUGAUCUGGUUCAAUAAGUCGUCAAAAUUUCAACAAGAAAUAUAUUUUUUACGUAUUUAAAAAAAUGCUGGCGAAAUUUACACCCAUCGUCGCCGCCAUACUUGUCGUGGCGGUUGCGACAGUUACUCAUGGUCAAGUUGACGACCGGUAUCGCCCAAAAAUUCAUUUCAGCAUCGCCGCCAACUGGAUAAACGAUCCGAACGGGAUGGUUUACAUGGAUGGGGAGUACCACCUUCAUUACCAGUACAACCCCGCAGACUCCGUGUGGGGGCCGAUGCAUUGGGGUCACUCCGUCUCAACUGACCUCGUUACAUGGACGGAUCUGCCGAUUGCAAUGUUUCCUGAUCAUCUGGGGCAAAUUUUCAGUGGAAGCGCCGUCGUGGAUUUCAAUAACUCGACCGGGUUCCAACAGGAUGAUGUAAACGUGCCAAUCGUGGCGAUUUUUACGCACGCCGGAGAUUCGCAACAACAAAGUAUUGGCUACAGUUUGGACAAGGGGCGGACGUACGCCAAAUUUGAGGGCAAUCCUGUCAUCCCGAAUCCAGGAAUUCCAGACUUCCGUGACCCCAAAGUGAUACAAUACGAUGACAAAUGGAUUCUUCUGCUCGCUGCCGGAAACAAGGUCAUGUUCUACUCUUCCACCGAUCUCAAAACGUGGGAGUACACGAGUGAAUUUGGUGCAGAUCCUGAGCAAGGCGAGCACUCCGGCGUGUGGGAGUGCCCGGACCUUUUUCCACUCCAAUUUGGCGGAGAAACCGUGUGGAUCUUAAUUGUCAGUAUAAAUCCGGGAGGCCCGAACGGCGGCUCAGCCACGCAAUACUUUGUCGGUGGGUUUGACGGCGUUAAUUUCAACAGUCCUCAGAUGACCCCGCUCUGGAUGGAUUGGGGUGUCGACAACUACGCGGCCAUCUCCUUUUUCAACGAACCCUCUGGUCGCGCCGUGAACAUGGGCUGGAUGAACAACUGGGACUACGCCAACGGUCUCCCCACGAUUGGAUGGAGGGGCCAGAUGACGCUUCCUCGCGUGAUGGACCUCGUCCUGGUCAACGGACAGCUUCGCCUCGCCUCAAAUCCGGCCCCCGAGUUGAGAACGCUCUUCAAAAAUGAGACGUACCAAACCGUACCGAACCAGGUGGUGGAGGCGGACCAGGUUUUAGAAAUUCCGACAGGAAACAGCUCCCUCCUCCAUACAGAGUUCACCUUCGAUACGCGAACUAUGGGGAUAGGGUCGAGUUUGGCGAUUUGUAUGACGAAUCCGGCAGGUCAAGAGGUCUGCACAGGAUUCGACAAGGGUCGCGAGCGUCCUUUCUUCUUGAACCGAUCGGACAGUGGUUUCGUCGACUUUGCCCCCAAUUUCUCCCGAAGGAUCACCGCCACCAGGGAAAGGUCGAGCACAGAAGCGAUCAAGUUUGAAAUUUACUGGGACGUAACUGCCGUCGAGGUUUUCAUCGAUGGAGGGCUGACCUGCAUGACCGCGCUGUUUUAUCCGGACGAGCCAUACACAAUUUUGGAGGUUCGACACCACGGAGCAGGGAAUCCAGGCGGUACUCUGGUCAUUUCUUCGGGCUCGAUUCGUUCCUUGUACGCCAUGGAUGAGCUCAUCAACAAAAAAUGAAUCUUUUCAGAGCAAUUUAACAAUUCCCAGAUGUAAAUAAUAAAUCACUAAAUUGAGAUAAUGUCAAAAAAUCACCUGACAAGGAUUAUAUCUCGUAGUAAAAAUAGUUCAUGCUCCA